AGUUUGCCUGCAUCAUGGGGGCGAUGUAGUCAAGAUAAAUAGCAUUACAAGUAUAUACACAUUCUUUUGACAGUAGCGCUCCUUCGGUAAGCAUGAGUAGGGAAGACGGCAGCUAUUACGAUCUCGGCUCAUAUCGCCGGUCUAUUAGCGCCAGCAAUGCAGAGGCACUGGAGUGGUUUAACCGCGGCCUGAUAUGGAGCUACGCCUUUAACCAUGAGGAGUCAGCGAAGUGCUUCGAACGUGCCAUCCAGUCUGACAAUAACUGUUGUAUGGCAUAUUGGGGCCUGGCGUAUACCUUAGGACCAAACUACAAUAAGCCAUGGGAGUUCUUCGACGCAACCGAACUCGAGGCUACAGUCCAGCAAACCCAUCGAGCCGUCGAACAGGCAGAGUCCCUGGCGGCAAUUCAUAACGUCUCGGCUGUGGAGAAGGCUAUUGUCAAGGCUUUGAGGUCACGAUAUCCUCGCGAGCAUGCGGUUGAAGAUUGCUCCAUAUGGAAUCAAAAUUACGCGGAUGCCAUGGGGGAAGUGUAUAAGCAAUUCAACAACGAUCUGGAUGUGGCGGCUUUAUACUCAGAUGCACUAAUGAAUCUUACACCAUGGCAACUCUGGGAUCUGAAGACCGGCGAACCCGCCACGGGGGCGCAUACGCUCGAAGCGAAGGCCGUCAUAGAACGAGCUAUGUCUUUAGAUGGUGGUUCACGCCACCCAGGACUUCUCCAUCUUUACAUUCAUCUUAUGGAAAUGUCAUCCACGCCAGAGGCUGCGCUGGAAGCAGCGAACACACUGCGCGACCUCGUUCCUCAUGCCGGACAUCUCAACCACAUGCCGACACACAUAGAUGUCCUCGUGGGCGACUACCAAGCCGCAAUUGACUCGAAUCAGAAGGCGAUCCUCGCAGACGAAGUCUUCUUUGCGCGCGAAGAUCCUCUUAAAUUCUACACGUUAUACCGGAUGCACGAUUAUCACUUCCGCAUUUACGCUGCUAUGUUUGCGGGCCAGUCUAUUGUCACCCUCGAUACUGUGGCUCGUCUCGAAGCAGCGCUACCCGAAGAGCUUCUGCGCAUCGAGUCGCCGCCGAUGGCUGACUGGCUAGAGGGCUUCCUGGCAAUGCGCGUUCAUGCAUUAAUCCGCUUUGGACGAUGGGACGAGCUCGUCAGCCUCGCAUUACCAAACGACGCAACUUUAUACUGCGUAACGACCGCUAUGGUCCACUACGCAAAGGGAGUCGCUCUAGCCGCAACAAACAGAGUCGAAGAGGCAGAACAGGAACGUGAACUGUUUUCCAAAGCCUACAAAGCUGUACCCGCGUCGCGAAUGCUGUUCAAUAAUAAAUGUGUCGACAUUCUGCAAGUAGCUGAGGCCAUGUUAGACGGGGAGCUCGAGUACCGACGUGGGAACCACGAGUCUGCUUUCGCUCAUCUUCGCAAUGCGAAUAAAUUAAGCUAUGCCCUCCCAUACGACGAGCCGUGGGGGUGGAUGCAACCGCCUAGCCAUGCGCUUGGUGCCCUACUUGCAGAGCAGGGUCGGUAUAGCGAUGCCCUUGAGAUCUACGAGGAAGAUUUAGGGUAUGGCGGGUCGCUUCCGCGCGCACUACAGCACCCCAAUAAUGUGUGGUCGCUUCAUGGCUAUCACGAGUGCUUGACCAAGCUCGGUAAUCUGGAAAAGGCUGCGGCUAUCAAGGCUCAACUAGACGCCGCCAUUAGAAAUGCUGAUGUACCAAUCAAAGCAUCGUGUUUCUGCCGUCUUCAAACGGCAUAGAAUUAAUGAAUUGCAUUAGUCAGCCAUACAGUCCGGCCGGGCCUUUUGCGU